AUGCGGGUUUUGAUCAGUGGAGCCGGCGUCGCUGGACCCGCGCUUGCCUGGUGGUUGGCAAAGGCCGGCGCUCGCAUCACCAUUGUCGAGAAGAGCCACGCUCUCCUUCCCGUCGGUCAGAACAUUGAUGUCAACGGCAGCGCACUCAGAAUCAUCAAGAAGAUGGGCCUGCUGGACGAGCUUCGACGAUUCAACACCACCGAAAAGGGCACCGCCUUCAUUGACAAAAACGGUCGGCCAUUUGCACCAUUUCCUGUCAAGGAGGGGUCCGCUGCAAGCCCCACCUCGGAAUUCGAGAUCCUCCGCGGAGACCUGGCAAUGGUCCUACAUGGCGCUGCGAAAGACCAUCCACAUGUCGAUUACCUGCUCGGUACUACCAUCAACAAGGUCGUUUCGAAUGACGACAAGUCCGUCAAGGUCGAACUAAGCAACGGGGAGGUGCAAGACUACGCUCUCUUGGUCGCAGCAGACGGCCAGUGGUCCAGAGUACGAAAGCAGUGCUUCCCCGCCGAGUCCGUCAAAGUCGUCGACAAGGGCAUGUACGCCGUCUACUGGACCCUCCCGCGCCUGCCCGCCGACAACGACUGGUGGAACAUCUACCACGCCCUCGGCUCGCGCAUCAUGAGCAUCAGGCCGGACCCGCACGGCACCAUGAGGACAUGCCUCACCCGCAUGCCCUGCAACGACGCUCAGAAGGUGGCAUGGGAAGAAGCAUCCAGAAGCGACAGACGGGCCCAGCACGAGCUCGUGAGAAAGGACUUCGCCGACGCCGGCUGGCAGGCCCAGCGGUUCUUGGACUCCAUGGAGCACGCGUCCGACUUCUACUUCCAGGCCCUCCAGCAGAUCAAGCUGGCCAAAUGGUCCAACUCCCGCGUCGUCUGCCUGGGCGACGCCGCAUACGCCCCGACGCCGCUGACCGGUGCCGGCGCCUCGCUGGCCAUCACGGGCGCCUACGUGCUCGCCGGCGAGCUGAGCAGGCUGAGUGCCGGUGAGCAUCCUGCGAAGGCGCUCGACGCUUACGAACACGCCUUUAGGCCGUUUGUCGAGGAGACGCAGAACAUCCCCUGGUUUGUGCCCGGUAUUGCUCAUCCUGCGACGCCGUGGAAGAGAUGGAUGCUGCAGUCCCUCAUGGCGACUAUGUCUAGAGUCGUGGCCAUCCCGUGGGUGGUGAAUAGGUUCGGACACAAGACUGAUGCUGAGGACUUCCCGUUGCCAAACUAUCCAAAGUUCGGCGAUGGGGAUUCGAAAGUUACCAACUCGUAG